AGUCAAGCUCAGCUCUUUGACAGUGCACGCCCACUUCCAUUGGGGAUUCGGGCUGAAUCCCACCCCGCCAGUUCAGGCGGCCGAGCUACGUAGAAUUGCGAUGAAGAGCAGCGGACCGUUCAUCGGUUGUUCGCUUCUUACGACCAGAGAGAAAAGGUGAAAAACUUUAGGAAAAUCGUGCAAAUACUCCAAAUUUUAUCCUUUUGAUGAGAAAAUGGAGUUAAUGGAAUACAAGAAAGUCCAUCUUCUGCGAUAAAAGUGGUAACUUGAGGAGAAAUGAUCACAAAAUCAAGUCAGUUGUUGAGCGGGGCCGAGCCGAGCACCUACAUAGUUAAUACACGUGCGCCUAUGGGAAUCGCGAGCUGUCGAAAAACGCCUAAAAUUACACUUUUUUAUUUAUUUCAGCGAAAAAAAAGUAAUAGAAAGUGAAGAACAUUACCAUCAGACCAUAUCUCUAGAAAAGAUUUACAAGAAAUUUCGAAAUGACGGGAAAAUAGACGCAAAUUUGUGGGAAAAAAAUCACGAAACGGGUGAGACAACUCGGCCCACGGUCCGAGUUGUCCCGUGGUCCGAGUUGUCCCUGAUUCGUACCCGGUACCCGGUACGUUCUUUGCAUCAGCUAUGGAGAAAACUAACGUUACUCGUUAGAUCUGUUUUGUGGUUCCUGGAAAACUUUACUUUAGCAUGAGGAAGUCAGGUCGAAGUCAGAUGCUUUAAAUUCAAGAGAAGCUUGUUGAAAUUCAUCAACAUUUUUGCCCUAACAAGUUAGUCUACUCAGACGUUACGCUUGUCGUUUCCUGAUUGAUUAAUCAACAAAGAAGCAUAAUCUGUCUCGUAAUGAGGGCUUUGUUCCAGAGGCUGAAAUCCAUAGAUCAUUGGAAAAUGGCUGCAAUCUGUCGUUCUUGCCAGAUAAAUCUCAGAAACAGUGUCCUGCAAUCCUCUAGCACUGUAAGAUGUGUUCAGACUAUUCAAAGUGAUUCUCUUGACCGAGUGCAUCAAGGUCUCAUAAAUGAAAGUAAUGUGAAUCCCUUGAACGGACCAUCUUUCUGUAUACCAAGAAGAGACUUCUCAACUUCACUUCCAUUUCACCAAGAACUAUUAAAUGCAAGGAAAAACUUUCAAUCCUCAGUUUUAUUUUUAGUCCCUCACUCAGUGCAGUGUCGAUUCUCUUCAUCAUGCGUCAAAAGCUUCCAAGAGAAAUCUACACAACAUCUUUUAGGAUCAUCAGGAGAUCAUCUUCAUGAGUUAAUAAAUAACUACUGUACACAAUCUGUUCUUGAAGAUGAUGUAAAGAGGGAAGAGAGCUAUGCCCAUAAAUUGAGUAAGGCAUUAUUGACUGGUGAGAGAUGGGCAUUGGCUAGAGCUAUAACCCUUGUUGAGGCAACACAUAAAAAGGGUAAGAGACAAGCCCAAAUCUUACUGAGAACAGUUCUAGAUCAUCUAAGAGGGGUUCAGCUGAAGAACAGAGGAAUCCCAUCCUCAUUUAGGAUAGGAUUGACAGGUCCCCCAGGGGCUGGAAAGUCUACUUUCAUUGAAGCAAUAGGAAAGAAAUUGACUGGUGAGGGUCACCGUGUAGCUGUCCUUGCUGUUGAUCCUUCAUCAUCUAUUACUGGAGGUUCUCUCCUUGGUGAUAAGACCAGGAUGACAGAGCUUUCAAGGGAUCCCAAUGCUUACAUCAGAGCAUCACCAUCAGCUGGAACACUAGGAGGUGUGACAAGAAAUACCAAUGAUACUAUAUUACUAUGUGAAGCAGCUGGCUAUGAUGUCAUCAUUGUGGAAACGAUAGGUGUUGGUCAAUCGGAGUAUGUCGUUGCCGACAUGGUUGACAUGUUAGUUCUUCUGAUUCCACCUGCUGGCGGUGAUGAGCUCCAAGGUUUGAAGAAAGGUAUCGUAGAGAGAGCAGAUUUUAUCCUCAUCAAUAAAGCUGAUGGUGAACUUCUUAUACCAGCCCGUAGGAUGAGGAGUGAGUAUACCAGCGCUGUCAAACUCAUGUACAAGAGAUCUUCAUUAUGGACUCCUAAGGUAAAGCAGGUUUCAUCCAAAACUGGUGAUGGUCUGAGUAAGGCUUGGGAUACGAUGGAGGAAUACCGAGGUAUCAUGACAGAAUCUGGGGAGUUCAUCACGAAAAGACAACGUCAGAUGAGAGUAUGGAUGUGGCAGCAUAUCAAAGAUAGAAUGAUGGAAGAAUUCAAAGAUAAUCAAGAUCUAAAAUCUCAUAUCAAACAUUGGGAAGAAGAAGUUAUGGCUGGGAGAUCAACCUCAGGAAUUGCUGCUGAUAACCUUCUCAACACUUUCUCAAAACUCUCCAGGAAUUUCAAAUCGUAGUACGGUAUAGGUAAAAUUGAUGUGCCUCUGUGAAUGAUUCAUACAGUAUUAUGAAAAAGUGAUGGUGAGUGCUUCCAUUUUAUAUGUAAUUCAAUACAGAGAGAUGAUUGCCUUUAUGCUUUUUUUCAGCUUAUUUCAUGAUGUAACAGGGGGGGUGAUAAAUCUAUAUUAAGCUCUCUUCAGGUAUGGUGAUGCUUUCUGAUGCUGAAUGAUAUGUCCCUAUGUAGCUGACUUGGCACCUGGCGUGAUGUUAGUAAGGCUGAGCAUCGUGGCAAGAGUCACAUCGGACCGUUGAAAGUCAACAGCUUCCACCAUCAUCCUGGCCAGAGGGUCAGACUCAAUGCGGGUGAAGCGGCGACAGUCCAUGGAAAAGGCAAGAGAAAGGUGAGGGAAGGCGUCAACGACCUGGUCCGCAACAAGAGCUGCGACCAACUGCGUAGCACUGUGGAUUGAAAGACAAAGAAAAUUUUAAUGAGAAAAUAAAAAGUACUGUUGUAAGCUAUCCAAACAUGGAAACCGAGUAAAGUAGUAUGUGUAACUUACUCCGCUUCCUCCCCUGGCUUGGAGGAGCCUCUUGAAAAUGACGCUGAGAAGUGACGGAUACUCCUUCUUCUUCCUUUCAACAAAAAGGCAGGUGGCCAGUUCAGUUGUAGAGGGGGUGCCCGGUCCAUCAUCACUCCACUGCCCCUAACUAUUACACUUCCUCCUCCAACUCCACACACACUUCUCCUCCUACUCCACCCACACUCCCCCCUAUACUCCAAUGCCUCCCAUUCCUAUUAUCCACCUCUACCUCACUUUCCUCAUAAAACAAAGAAACAUCAUCAUGAUCCCUGCCCCCAGUCUUGGCUUCAGUCUAGCACCCGAUACAUCCACUGCAUCCUUUACCCCAUUAAUCUCAAUCGCAUAGCGCUUCUCUAUUAUAUCAUCAAUAUACUUGUCUAUCAUUUGACCUUGUAGAUAAACUGUAUUGUUCUAGGUUCAAAAAAGAGUUUAGACAUUACCCUUGCUGUAAAAGUGAAUAUAGUUCAAUUACUGGAAUGUCCAUUAGGUCAAUUGCUCUGGUUGUUUCCAGUAGUUAUGUAAAUUCCAUUGAUCAUCUCAAUACUUGAUGCAAGGCUUACGGUUGUUAACACUUUCCCUAUGUGAUGUAUUCCAAUAUUAGGCUGAUUCUACUACUUCCAAUUGCUGGGUCACGUAGUAUUCAAUGUAGAGUGGAUGAUGUGUUGGAAGAGCUUUUCAGGUUGUGUCAAAUAAAGAGUUUGGGAAGAUUGUUUCUUUGUCAAAAUUUACCCCAAAUGCUACAAAUCUUAGCAACUAUUCAUGAAUAUUUCAACAUUACUUUCACAAUACUGCACGAUUUCUUUUUGAAAAUAGAAAAUUUAAUCCGUGAUCAUGGUAUCAUAUCAUUAAUUGAACUUACGCAGUACAUUUUUCAUCAUCGAGCCUGUAUCAUAGUUUUUUUGUUUUUUUUGUCUGGUAGGAGAGCUACCUGUUAGUAUGUUUCAUGAAGAGGAGAGAAAUGAACCCUUUUUUCAGUUCUUCAAUGUCAAAUGUUCUGGGUAGUUUUGCCAAUCCCAUCGGAAAGCAAUUUUAGAGUCAGUAGUUCUAUAAUUUUACCUCCGUUCACAUCAUGAUAACUUGGCCCCUUACUAACAAGGUGAUUUGAAAGAAAGUAAGAGUCAUACGCUUUGCUAUUAUGAGCAGUUGCUUUAUCUUCAUUGUAAGCUAGUGAAAAUAAACAUUCUGUAAAGUCAUUAAAUGUCUUUCCCUUUAAGACUGAUCCCAGUCCUCCCAUUGAGACAGUUGCAGCAAUCUAUUUCAUGGGACGUUAGACAGUCCAUACAAUUGAUACAUUCCCAUGUUGCAUGGACAAGAUUAAGAACCUGUGAACCUGUAUAAGAUAUAGUUCACUGGUAAGGCCUUUGAAUUUCACACUCUUAAAUGACAUGAAUUGGAAGAGUAUGUCUCAACACAUAAGCUCUACCAGGGCCCUUCUGAUGGGAAGGGACUGGGAUAUCCCAACCAACGUUAGAGCUACCCUGUUCUUCAAGCUCCAUAUUUUGAAUUUUCAGGUUGGUUUCCUAUGAUUUCUGGUGAAUCGCCAAUAUGAUGCCUACGCUUAGCUUGAUCAAGAUGUUUGAAUUUAUUCUUGACAGCUGAAUUUAGAUUUUUUUUAAAUUUUUGAACGUGCAGUGAAGCGUCAUAUCUUUUUUCCUCUGCCUGCCUUGGGAUUGGAAAUGAUAAAAUCAUCAUUAGACCAUUUUAAUGGGUUUGUUGAAAAAGCAGGAUAAACUUCGGAACUAACAAAGUUGAGCCCAAUUCCCAUAUCUCUUACUACCCUACUUGAAUUAGUUAUGCUACUUUCACUUACCAUUGUUGGUGCUCAUCAGUGCAGUUUCAGUUCAAUUUAUUUAUUUUCUCAGCAUAAAAAAUGAUAUAUAUAUACAAUAUGUACAGAAAUGAUGAAUAAUAUCAGAGAAAAUUGGAAACCAC